AUAUUUUUGAGGUUUUCCUACUUGCAUUAUCUUUCAACUGAGAGCGUCAGUAGCACGGUAUUGCCGCCAGAGGGACCGCGCUCCCUGUCUCUCUCCGACUGGAAGGCGGGGUGAGGGUUGGAGUUCAGGGUUCGCUGCUUGGGAUUUCACGUUGCUGUCAGUGAGAGGAUCACUCAUGCUCUAGAAGCUAAGCGUCAGACUUAAAACACACGAAAAAAUAUAUAUAAGAAAAGCGAUCUGAGGCCGAGCAAAGCGUCCGGAAACACGUAGAAGAGCAGCGUAGAGGUCCCUGGAUGCCCCCUGGAUCCCCCCCCUUGAACCCCCUGCAUACCCCAAUGGAUGCCAGGUGACCCCCAAGAUGACCCUGAGUGAGCGGCUCCACCAGAAGAUCUCUGGCGCCUUCUAUCGACAUGGCCUGCUUUGCGCCUCCUACCCCAUUCCCAUCAUCCUAUUCACCGCGGUCUGCAUCCUCGCCUGCUGCUACCCUCUUCUGAAGCUGCCUCUGCCUGGGACCGGCCCUGAGGAGUACACGACAGCCGUGCGGGACUACAGUCCUCCCCCCUCCGACCCCCAGCCCCCACAAGGGGACCCCAGCGACAAGCCGGACUGGUACGUGGGUCCGCCGGUGGCCUAUAUCCAGCAGGUCCUGGUGAAGGCCGUGGUGUCUCCGUGGGACCAGAGCCUCCUUCCCGUGGACAUCUUCCGCUCUCCCCUGGCACAGGUCUUCCAGCUGGUGGAGGAGAUUCGCAACCAUGUGCACAGAGACAGUACCGGCUCUCACAGCCUGGAGGAGCUAUGUCUCCAGGUGACAGACUUGCUGUCUGGGCUGAAGAAGGUGCAGAGCCAGCUCCCGGAGCACGGCUGCCUGCUCAUCUCUCCUGGAAACUUCUGGCAGAACGAGCGUGAACGCUUCGACUCCGACGCUGACAUCAUCCGGACUGUGCACCAGCAUGAGCCCAAGGGCCUGCACACCUCUGCCACAGUCAAAGAUCUGCUGUUUGGAGUUCCAGGGAAGUACAGUGGGUUGAGCCUGUACAACAGGAAACGGGUAGUGUCCUACACCAUCACCAUCGCAUUGCAGAGCUACCAUGCCAGGUUCCUGAGUAGCCUGCACUCCCGGCUCAAGCAGCUCCACCCCAGUGUGAACUGCAGCCUGCGCGGGGACCAGAUGGUGCAUGUCCACUUCAAAGAGGAGAUCGGCAUCGCGGAGCUCAUCCCCCUUGUCACCACAUACAUCAUCCUGUUCGCUUACAUCUACUUCUCAACGCGGAAGAUCGACAUGGUGAAGUCCAAGUGGGGUCUGGCCCUGGCGGCGGUGGUGACGGUCCUGAGCUCUCUGCUCAUGUCGGUCGGUCUCUGCACGCUCUUCGGACUCACGCCCACACUCAAUGGAGGGGAGAUCUUCCCCUACCUGGUGGUGGUGAUCGGCCUGGAGAACGUGCUGGUCCUCACCAAGUCUGUGGUGUCCACGCCUGUCGAUCUGGAGGUCAAGCUGCGCAUUGCACAAGGUCUGAGCAACGAGAGCUGGUCCAUCAUGAAGAACAUGGCCACAGAGCUGGGCAUCAUCCUGAUUGGCUAUUUCACUCUUGUCCCGGCUAUCCAGGAGUUCUGCCUGUUCGCUGUGGUUGGCCUCGUCUCAGAUUUCUUCCUGCAGAUGCUUUUCUUCACCACCGUCCUCUCCAUCGAUGUCCGACGUAUGGAGCUCGCAGACUUGAACAGGCGCCUCCCUGCCGAGGCCUGCCUGUCCUCCAUUAAGCCCUCGUCUUUGCGCCCGCGGGAGGCCCACCAGCAGCAGUAUGAGAGGCCGCCCCCCCUGCGCCCUGUAACCCCUUACACCAUCACCCUGCAGCCCCCCUCCUUCCGAAACCUCAGGCUGCCCAAGAGACUGCGCGUCAUCUACUUCCUGGCCAGGACCCGCCUCGCACAGCGCAUCAUCAUGGCUGGCACAGUGAUCUGGAUUGGUAUCCUGGUGUACACGGACCCUGCCGGUCUGCGCACCUACCUAGCAGCCCAGGUGUCUGAGCAGAGUCCCCUUAGUGAGUCAGGGGGGCUGCCCCCAUUGUCCGUGCCCCCUGUAUUUCCUGUGGGGGACCCCGAGAGCACACUGACAGUGCUGCCCCACCCUGAGCCCACCCCCUUGUUGGAGAACCAGUCCCAGGACCAGCAGCGCCCCCCCUGGGCCAGACAGAGAGACCAGCCCCCCAGCCCAGACAACACCCCUGAGAUCUCCUGGAGCCCCCCUGACGAGGAGACCUGGAGGAGGCUGUCCUUCAGACACUGGCCCUCCCUCUUCAGCUACUACAACAUCACACUGGCCAAGAGGUACAUAAGCAUCCUGCCAGUGAUCCCUGUCUCAUUCUACCUGAGCGCUCAGGAGGCCGUGGAGGCCAGACACCCUCAGGACACGAAGCACUUCCACUCCCCCUUCCCAGCCUUCGACAUGCGGGCAGAGCAAGCCCCAGAGCCAUCCGGCAAGACCCUGAGUCAGUCUGACUUUACUCUGUACAAGGUGGCGACUCUGGGUCUAGCUGCGGGCGUGAUCCUGGUGCUGCUGUUGUUCUGUCUGUACCGGGUCCUGUGUCCACGGAACUACGGUCAGAACGGGAUGUCCCACGGGCGGCGCCGGGGGCGCGGAGAGCUGCCCUGUGACGACUAUGGAUACUCCCCCCCCAUCAGCGAGAUCUCCCCCCUGCUGCUGCGCGGGCACCACAUGGAUAUUGAGUGUCUGGCCAGUGAUGGUAUGCUUCUGGUGAGCUGCUGUCUGGCCAGACAGAUCCGUGUGUGGGACGCACAGACAGGAGACUGCCUCACUGUCAUCCCUGACCCCAGGCUACGGCAGAGUAGCAGUGGUGUGUGGGAGCGGCAGGAGAGAUGGGAGCCAGACCCCGAGGAGGAGGGUCUGGAGGCUGGGGUGGGGGGCUACCCCCUCAGGAGGAGGCUGCUCCCCUCCAGGCCUGCCCUGUUUGGAGACCAGCCUGACCUCACCCCGCUCAUCGACACCAAUUUCUCCGAGCAGCCCACCUGCCCAGGGCACGCCAACGAGGGGCCCAGAGGGGGCUUCCAACUCGGAGGGCUGCUGGAGAGAGCCUACGAGGAACAUGGGGCCACCACCCCCAACCUGCAGGGCUACCCCCCUUCCCCAUCUCCCUCCCCCUCCCCCUCCCCCUGCUCCCCCUGUCGGAGACUCAGCCAAGGGGACGAGGCCCUGUGCAGCCCCGAUCCCCGCCCCGCCACCAGCCUGCCUGCCGACCCUGGGGAUUGGGACAGCUCAGUGUGGGCUCUGGAGCUGCAGGGGAGCCUCAUUGCAGCCGGGCGCAGCAGUGGGAAGCUGGAGCUCUGGGAUGCAGUAGAAGGCUGUCUGCACUGCAGUAACGAGGAGGGCAAGUCUGGGAUCACUGCCCUUGUGUUCCUCAACAACAGAAUUGUAGCUGCGAGGCUGAACGGCUCAUUAGAUUUCUUUACUGUGGAUAUCAAUAAACCCAUGACCCUACUGCAGUACCGAGGAACUCCCAAUCAUGGCAGCAUGCCCCCUUCCCCCUGCUACAGCAGUGAUGAUGUCAUCUGCUGUCGGCUUACCCACUCGGUGCAGUGUGCCCACCAGAAGCCAAUCACAGUGCUGCGGGCAGCAGCGGGGCGGGUGGUGACGGGCAGCCAGGACCACACAGUGCGGGUGUACCGGCUUGAGGACUCGUGCUGCCUCUUCACGCUGCAGGGUCACUCUGGGGGGAUCACUGCCCUGUACAUCGACCAGACAAUGGUUUUGGCCAGCGGGGGUCAGGAUGGAGCUAUCUGUUUGUGGGACGUCCUGACAGGGUGCCGUGUCAGUCACAUGUACGGACACCGGGGCGAUGUCACUUCCCUCAUCUGCACCACUUCUUGUGUGAUCAGCAGUGGCCUCGAUGACCUCAUCUGUAUCUUGGACCGAAGCACCGGGAUUAAGCUGUACUCCAUCCAGCAGGAGGUUGGCUGCGGCGCCAGCCUGGGUGUGAUCUCGGAGAGCCUCCUAGUGACAGGAGGCCAGGGCUGCGUCUCCUUCUGGGACCUCAGCUACGGGGACCUGCUGCAGACUGUGUACCUGGGCAAGAGCAACGAGGGCCAGGGGAUACGGCAGCUCAGAGUGCUGGACAACGCUGCCAUCGUGUGCGACUUCGGGAGUGAGCUGAGCCUGGUGUACGUGCCCUCCGUGCUGGAGAAACUGGACUGAGCAUGAGGCGCACAACACUGACCGACUGCACCCCGACACAGGACAGGACGAAACAGGCAGGGGGGCUCAGACCCACAGUUCUGAGCUUAGAGACUCCCGGCGCAGAGACCCUGCUUUUCAUAUUAAAAACAAGAAUGUCGAGCAGCCUCAAGCAGAUUUUACACACAGUUUGAAGUCCUGUUCUGUACAGAACCAGUGCCAAAGACAGGGGUGCCUUUGAGCAGUUCUAAACACAGACCAGCUCUCUGCCUCUGCACUGUAUCCCUGUGUGUAGCCCACUGCACCUUCCGAUCUGUAGUGGUGGGAUUCCGUCAUAUGCAAAGAGCGACCUUAGUAAGUUUUAGUGAUAGCAGGUAGAAGACGUUUUAUAUUUUAAAGCAACGCUGUAUUAUCAAAAAGAUUUGUGUCUCAUUUGAUUAUAAUGGGAUUUUGCUGUAGUACACAGCACCUCACUGUGGCCAAAUAUUGUAACUGUGCACUACAUUGUUCUCUAAUGGGAAUGUCAAACAUCCAUUAACCUUUUUUUUUUCUUUUCACUACUUGCUUCUGGUUUUGAAUAACAUGUAGCUAAAAACACCAGGAAAUAUCUUCUAAGUUCUCCUGCUUUGGGUGAAGCCUCUCACAUUAACUAGAGCUUUAAAUGCUAAUAAUGUAAUGGUUAUAAUUUAUUAGUUAUUGUGGAUGUAAAUAUUAAGUGAGGUACCUUUUUAUAGAGAUGAAGUUGAACUUUUAUUAUAAAUUGUUUGUUUAUUAUUAUUAUUGUGUUUUUUUUCUUCUGUUUAAUAUUUCUUUUCAAGGUAGAAGUUCGGAUGCAGGGUCGUUGCUAGUGCUGAGCACUGGUGUAUUUCUCAGUGUGGAACAGGCAGGCUGAGUGAGUGUAACCCUGUCUCAUGACACUGUAGGGCCACUGUGACGCAAAGGCAGCUAGAGAUGACACAUGGAGGUGACCCAACAUUAGACUCGGCCAGGUCCCUAUUUACUAUUUUCAGUUUUUUCAAUUAUUUUUAACCUUGUGAUUCAGAUGUGAAGCGUGCAGAGUGCAAGGCUACAUUUUCUGGAAACUUUCCAAGCACCUGGUUAUAACAAUUCUUUCCAAUAUCUUAGACAGCCAGGAUUCCAGGAUUGGACAGCCACCAGACCACCUCCAGAUGUGGGACUAGGGGCCUGAUUUUAAUGACAGGACAAACCUCUAAUGCUACGGCAGAGCACAUUUGCACCUGAUUUUGUUUAAAACUCCACAAUCGGGAGCAAAUUGUCUUUGCCCUGUAAUGCAAUUUUGGUGACAUGCUUUGCCCCAUCCUUUUAAGUCUGCGUUAGUGCCAGUGGUUGGCUUAACUUUCAGGGUGUGGCAUCAUUUGCAUGUUAGCUUUGAUUGAUUCCAGUGACACGGAAAGGGAACAGCAAGUGGUGAAAGAGAUGGAGUGAGCGAGAGAGAGAGAACACAUUUUUUUUCCCAAACAAAGUUCUACGUUAUACAUUUCUUAUAUUUUAAAAUAAACAAUAAAUAUAGCUGUGCAAACUGUAAUGUGGAACAUGCCUUUGCUCUGAAAAAAAUAUAUAUGGAAAGAGAUUUAUAUGAGGAAAAAAUGCAUAUAAAUAUAAAUGCAUACUUCAUAAUUACUGGAAGUAAUGUACUCCAAAGUGUUUUACAUUUGAAUAUGCACGUAAUAAUUGGCUGUGUGUGGUCUUUAUGUUUCAAACCCCUCUCAAAAAGAAAAUAUUCUCUUCAGUACUGAUAUUGAAUACAGUAUUUUACACAGGUGUUAAAUGAAACAGUUUUAUUUGUUUGGCAGAGCAGCAUUAAUGUAUUAAGCCAGAGCACAAACACAGAGCAGAAAACAAAGUUAUAUAAUUAUAGCCCCCCUGAUCUGUCCUACAGACAGCAUUGUAUGCAGUUGGCAAAUGGGGGGACCCCGGUUAAAUGGUACUGGUGUUUUGUAAAGCUGUCGUACACAAAAAAAAAAUCUAUUUUUUUUAAAUCUAAAGACUCCAACCUUUGGAACUGUGUUUUCGAUUAGCAAAUAACUAGAUUUAUAACAAUGUAUGCAGUUCACAAAGUUCCGCAUUCAUUGCCCUCUCGUCUGUCAUGCAGAUGGAAUGCGUGAAGUGCAGUUGGCAAUGGAGAGACCCAGGUUAGAUAUUACUGGAGGUUUGUAAAACUAUCGUAAACGAAUAAAAUCUAAAGACCCCUCCCUUUUCAAAAAUGUAUUGAUAUUAUUAUUAUUUAUUUCUUAGCAGACGCCCUUAUCCAGGGCAACUUACAAUUGUUACAACAUAUCACAUUAUACAUUAUUUCACAUUAUACAGAUAUCACAUUAUUUUUACAUACAAUUACCCAUUUAUACAGUUGGGUUUUUACUGGAGCAAUCUAGGUAAAGUACCUUGCUCAAGGGUACAACAGCAGUGUCCCCCACUGGGGAUUGAACCCACAACCCUCUGGUCAAGAGUCCAGAACCCUAACCACUACUCCACACUGCUGCCCCACAAUUAACCCAUAACUCAAGUUGCACAGCUUUAUUAAUUUUAUAAGAUUGUAUAAGAUCUCGAUACAUUUGAUCAACUAUUGUAUGACCUAACUUACAUUCAUACGUACCUCCAAAUGGGUGUAAAUGACUGAUUAGACUCACGCUGUACAGUAAGACACGGCUCCUCUGUAUGACACAGGCUUGCAGGAAAGGCAUUUCAUUUUUGUAUAUACUGUACAUAGAAAUGCUCAAAGGCAGUGAAAAACUACUAACCCAUAACACAUCCUUGAUUUUUUUUAACCCACUACAUAAGUAAGAGUUUAACCUUUCAGUUUUUAUUUUUACUAUAGCCUACCACUGAUGCUGGGAUUGCGACCAAACAGGUGUACAUAAAGCACUUUAUAAUAUACAUUGAAAAAAUGCUGUAAUUUCUGGUUACGCGCCAAUGAGGGCAUCCGCAUUUUAUUUAAAAGAGGAUCUUGUUAGCUUUGUGGACAUUUGUUGGAUUAUAACCUUUGGAUUUCUUGUGAGGAAAAAGCAAAACAACUGGAAUUGUAUAAUUGUAUUAUAAUUCAAGUAACUAAUUUAACUGCCACCUGUUAGUAUACAUUAGUUAAUAUGUGCAUUUUAACAAAGUUAGUAUUUAAUUAAAUGUACAAUUUAGUAAAGUUUAGCUGUUUACAAUGUACCAUUAUGCAUUUUCAGGACAGCUGUGGCACUUUGUUUUGCCACUACACCCUGGCUUCAUAAACUUGUGCAUAUUCAAAUUUAAAACAAGUUGGGCUAAAUUACUUCCAGAAAAUAUGAAGUAUGAACUGUAGGCCUAUGUAUUAAAAAAAAAAAAAAAGCUUCAUAUAAAUCUUUAUUUUUCACUACGUUU